GGUGCUGGUUGUUAGAGACGCUUUUGCGUUGAGGGGCGACGUGUUUUACAGAAACAGAGUGUUUUAAAUGGCAGUUUGUCUUCUUUAGCGUCCACGGUCUUUGCUUCUGUGCGCCUGGCACACAUUAAAGUUGGCUUUGUUCGUUUUGCUGGCUCUGUAAGCUUAGCUAACGAGAAAACUACGCUAACGUGACUUAACUCCUUUCCCCAUAUACUAACGUUAAACCCUGUUAGCAAGUCUGUCAGCUGGCAGCUAACGUUAGUCCAGUCCCUCACUGUAGUAUAACAUUGCAUGUUAAGCUUUUCCCCUCGGCAGUUUCACCCCUCGCUUUGCUCUUCGUUGAAUAUUAUUGGAUUAAAUCACCUUGAAGAGAGUUCUGGUAAUGUUUUAGUAUUUGAACAGCAUGACAGUCUAGCAGCACAAGCAUCUUCAUUCAGUAGCCCGGAGAUAUCAGCAUUCACCAUAUCAGUUUUGGCACGCAGUAAAUUUUUCGGAGCUGAAAUGAAAUGUACAGAAUGACGAUAAGGAUUAUAUUGCUUGGAGUUGGAGUACCACUGACUAUCCUACAGAAUAAGGCAGCGAGAUGGAAUGGCUGGGUGACUUCCCACACGAUCAUGCCUUUGUGGAUCUGCUUAUGUCGGAUGUCCCAGGCGAAGUGGACCUCCAGCAUCUGAUCCGUGACACUGAGGAGAAGCUGAAGCUCAAUGCUAGCAGUAUUGAACAGAACCUGCGGGAGCUCCAGGGUAAAAUCGGAGAGGCCUGGAUUGGAGAGAGAGUGCCCAGCCCUACAGAAUGUCUACAGUGGUUCAGUCAGCGUAAUCUGAGUUCAUUAAAACCCAUCUCUACUGGCUACCAGGAGCUGCUGGACUUCCUCAAAGCUCUGCAACACUUGCUGAAGACUCAGGAGGCUCGUGAGGAGGCUGUUCUGCAGUUGCUGUUAAACAUCUCGUCUCAGUGUGGAGUAGCCUUCCCUUGUUCUGGGCCAUUAUCGGAGCAGGGCCACAGUCUUGUCCCUCCGGUCUGCUCUGUACGAGAUGAUCUCGCUCUGGAGGUCCAGGAGACCUGGGAUGAUGUCCGGCUCCUGCUGCGCAGUCACCUGCUGGACAAGUUACAGCCAGCAGAGGAGCCAAGCCAGUCUGGCCAGUCUGCGGAGGGCUCAAUCAUUAGCUCAAGAGUUCCUCAAAAGAUUCUCAUCCUCCAGCAGCUCUCCUUCCUACACCCAGAAACUGAGGUUCUUGUAAAGUACCAGGCUCUCCAAAGCAGGAGAGUUCUGGGCCUGCUCCGGAGCACCCAGGCAUGCAGCCCAGGUGGGGAGAGGGGUUUUGACAGGCUGGCUCUAGGCUUCCAGACCGCCAGCCCUUCCUUCUGCGCCAUGCUCAGCGAGGAGAUCCACGUCCUGAAUGGAAUAGCCGAGCCACACAGCAUCCUGACCUUUCUCAACCAGGCCUACCUGAGCACUCUGGCACAGGAGCUGAGCUUCCUCAUGGAGAGAGAGGUGGAGGCAGUGCUGAAGGACAACACCGCACACAGUGGAAAGACAGGAAAGAGCUCCAGCAAGAAGUCAGCAGUAGCUCCCCAGGAAGCUCCCCGAAGAGCGAGAAAUUUCUGCCUGACCUCCCACCAGCUGAAGUGCCUGACCCAGCUGGCUGUCACACUGCUGGAGCUGGAGCGCAAUGUGGAGGAUCUGGCCACUGAGCUGGGCUUCCUCAGCUGCGCCGGGGAGUCCGCCUGCAGCCUCAGAGGGAUCCUAAAGAAAGUCAGGGAUGAUAUGGAGAAGACCACAUUGGAUGGGAAGACCACGCCUGACCUGCUGCUUCAGAGCACAGAGGCAGUGUGUCUGGAGUUCGAGUGGAGGGCUGCGUUCCGGGAGCUGGUUCCUCAGAUGGCUCACUGUGUGAAAGUGUUUUUAGAGGAUGUGUGCAGUAAGAGUCUACAGCAGGAGCAGACCACAUAUACCUCUGGCUCCAUCCUCAUCCCCUUGGUUAACGUCUCCCUACGACAGGGCACUGAGUUGACUUGUCCAGAGAGAGACAUUCCCAAGAGGAUAGCUAAGUUCUGUGCGGAUGUGCUGGAGGAGCUCGAUGCUCUCCUGCCUCUGGCUGUGGCUUGUAAAGAUGACACUCUGCGCUCCUGUUAUGUGGAGGUUUGUGGCCGGGUGACCUCCGCUCUGCUGGCCAGGCUGGAGGUAAGAUCAGGGCAGGUGCCCACCUCAGCACCCCUCAAAAACCUCCCCACACUACUGGCUUCCAGCAUCUACGUCCAACAGAGACUGGCACACUAUGAGAGCCAGCUGAGGGACACCACCCGCAUACCUUUGACUCUGCUGCCCAUCCAGAGGAGCCAGGAUGUGACGGCUGCUGUGCAUGAGCACCUGACCAGCUACUGCGUCCAUGUGUGUGCCACCAGUAUACUGCAGGAUGCGGAGAGCCACUACUGGGCGGACCCCAAGCCAUUUUAUGAGGGUGAAAGGUGUUCCUUCUCUAUCCAGAUGUGGCAUUAUUUCCUCUCGGGUCUGUGCAGUGACCUGUGGGGGUCAGUGUCUCCAGCGCUGGCGCAGCAGACCUUGGCUCAGGUGUUAGCUAAGACGCUGGAGCUCCUGCUUCAGAGAUACUCCAGAGCACAGCCCUCAUACAAGAGACUCCCCCAGAUCAGGGUAGACAUCACGGCUAUCCUGCUGUGUGUGGAGGAGUUGAUGUGGAGCUUGUGUGGCAGUGUGGAGGAGCUGGUCAGGCCAUGCCUGGCAUCAGGAAACUGGGUGUCCUGCAUUCACAGCCUAUGUAAUCAACUGCUGAGUGUAUGUGCCAUUCUCACUGCCCCCUUACCACAGCUCUACAGUACUUUUCAGAAUGGGCUUAGUGAAGGGACCCCCAACACUUCGGCCGAAGCAAACAGUAGCCAUGCUCCUUUCUGGCUCAACGUGAUCAACCCUACACUCUUCCCACAGGAGUUGCUGAGGGAAUCUGUGUCUUGUGAAGGCUCGCCUCUCUGGCUGCUGAAGCUGGCCAGUUCAGGUCCAGGCUGCUGUCCCGUUGUUGUCCUGCAGGCCAUGCUGCACAGCGAUUGCUUACUGCUGCGUCUACUGCUCUCCCACUCACAUCUGUGUCUGGACAGUGAGGCCGAGGUGUCCCUCGAGGCUCAGAAGGCUGCUGCCGAGUUUGUGGAAGCUGUUUUUGCCAUCCUGUCCUCCUUAAACAAUGUCCCCAGGGCUCUAGCUCUAGUGCUAGAGGGCUACCUGGACAGAAGACACCUAUGGGACCACUUUUACAGUUUAGCAGACACAGCCAAAGAAGCACCUGCAUUGUUCAAGUGCAUCAGAACUGUCAUGUCCAAACCCAUCAGCAGCCUGAUAGGCCACUUGGUGAGCAUGAUGCAGACAUGUGAGGAUCUACCUGGCUCGCUGCUCAGGCAAGAUCUUCCAGAGAGUGUACUGGCCAAAAUCCCCAAAGAGUGGAACUACACGCGAGAGGAUGCCAAGACCAAACACAUCAGCAAGAGCAACAUCACUCUGGCCAUCCAGGCUCUGUCCUUCAUCUUCACACACCUCCCUUCGGCUGUGGCUUCACUGCCGCUGCCCGUUCGCUUUCUCUUCUGCGUGGCUGAGAAGCAUCUGUCCCAGCAUGCCAGGCAGCUGAGGCCCACAGGCCUGCUGGUCUGGACUCUGCUGGGCUGUGUGUGCCAGGGCCUGGAGGAUGGAGAGACCCUGGAGCUGGUGUCUGCUCAGCCCCUGGAGCGAGGGGCCAAAGAACGGCUGGCCCUGCUGUCCGAGUGCCUGCAGGUUAGCUUGGGCCAGCAGAAGGGGGUCCCCAAGCCCACUGUCCACAAGGUCCUGCAGGGACUGGAGGAGAAGAGGCCCAAGUGGAGCUCCAUGCAGCUGCAGAAAGCACGCAAGCUCUGUAGUGAGAGUGUGUUUGAGCGGGUGGAGAGUGGUGUAGUGCAGGAGAGAGGUGGGCCCGUGGAACCGCCUGAGCAGAAAAUGUGGCCGGAAUCGUUGGCGCUGUGCCAGGGAGCAGGUGGCAUCCAGAACCUGCGGCAGAUCCAUCACACCAUCCAGCUCAAUGAGGGUUUGUUAAGAUCUAAGUUAGCCUCUGCUGAAGACCCCAGUACAUCAUUUCCCGAAGGGCUUUCUUCAGUUCAGUUCUCCUCAGCGGUCAGCUCACAAAGUGGUCUACCACGUCCUUUCAACCCGCUGUAUUACUUCGACCACAUUGGCCAUGCUAAGUUUGAUCAGUCAGCUUUGAGUGAGAGGGAGUGGGACUGGGCCCAACUGCUGCCGUCCAAUCAGAGACUGAGUCAGGUGACCUUCAGAGUGCUGCUCGCUAACAGAUGGGAGAUGCAGGAUGCUGCAGCACUUGAAGAUGAAGAGAAGAUUUUAGUGGAUCAGUUAAAGAAAACGUUUUUAAACAGAGCUCCUGAAUCUUAGAACGUUUGUUAAAUAGUCUCUGUAUGGCAAGCAUGCUUUAUGCUAGACAUUUGUAGCAGCAUGUGUAGCUUUGUAUGUUUAUGAACUGCUCCUUGCAGAGGAUAUUAUCAAGAGAAUUUUCUUUCCUGAUUAAAUUUAGUUUCUGACUUUUUUAAUCUAAAUAUGUGAUGUACAUGUAAAUAAAUGUAAAUAGCUUAGCUGUCACUAUAGAAAGCCUACUUGUACUAAAGUGAACAGAUAGCCUUUGUUUAUUAUAUUUUUGUCUGCUUGUUUGAGUGUUUGUUUUA